CACAGCCAAUAUUCUACACCGCAUCAACGCAACAUCAACGAUGCAUCGAAGAUGAGGAGCGAAGGUUGUGGUGGUGGUCCUUCCGUUGGCCCAGUCUAUGUUCACAAGCCUGCAGGCAAAAAGCGUGUGACAUUACGUGAGCAACCCAGCCCCGUUGUUCCUGCACGAAGGCUGCAUGCACGUCCGCGAAUUCCCACAAGGAUGCUGUGCUGAGAGAAGAAGAAGGGAAGAGAAGCAAAGAAGGAUUUGACUGGCAGCCUGCCACUUUGGUCACGCACCACACGUCAGGCCAACCACUCGCUCGCUCUCGCUCUCGUGCGUCCAUUCACUUUUAAUUGUCUCCCCCCACCCGAGACGAAACAUCAGACGAACACGCAACGGCAACCGCUGGCUGUUUAAUAAAGAGCCGCACGCACACGGAUACACGCACCAAAGCACAGCAAGCAAGGCACGCAAGCGGAAGCCGUUUCUUCCUCUGGGCACCAGCGGCAGCAAACGCGCUUUGAGACGACAAUAGCAGACGACAGGAUAGACAAGGACAGCCUACCCCCUUCACCAACGCACAACACACACAGACACACAGACACGCACACGCACACACACACACGCCUUCAUCAACACUGGGAAGAUGGCGCGAUCCGUCUCCACACACACACACGCGCACAUGCGCGGCGCAUCGCUCGUCCUCGUGGGCCUGUUCCCGCUGCUGCUGUCGUUCAUCCUCGUCCCGGGCGGCACCAUGAUGAUGGAGACGGCGAAAGCAGAUGCGCUCGCAGACUUCAACCGCGUGUAUGAGGCGCUCAACGUGACGUACUUUGGCGGCGUCACCAAACCCAUGGCCGACCGCAUCUUCUCGCGCGCUGAUAUCCCGCACAUGAUCACCAUCCUCAACAUGGGGGCCGCCUUUGAGCGGCAGGACAACACGGUGGUGUUCCUCGGGUACCUGUCCAACGACUCAGACCCCACGGUCGGUGCGCUGCGGCAAUACUGGGACAACUUUGCAACGGUGACGACGCCGGCUGCACGGCGCUCGGCACUGCUUGUUCCGCACGCGCUUGGACUCAUGGCGCAACUCACGGAGUCGCAGGAGGCCCUCAGCUUCAUGCAGGACAUGCUUGCUGACCUGAACAACCCCAUCACGAACCUGCUGCACGCCAUCCUGCCCAAGCUGUCACCCGACAUGGGGGAGCAGGAGGAGCUGCUCACGGGUCUCGUGAAGCAGCUGUUGCGUGGCCUCUCGUUCUACAACGGCACCAUCCUCGCCACCGCCGUGCAGCUGCUCGACGACACGCUCGACCUUGUUGUUGGCGACGACGGCGUUCUCGAUGGCCUCACGGAUGUGGUGGACGACAUUGUUGGCGGUCUGCUCGGCGGCAGCGGCAGCACCGACAGCUCCCGCCCCCUGGACGGCGAAGAGGGGGAUGACGGGUUCUUUACGUUUCUCUUCGGCAGCCGGCGACGACGUGGUGUGGCGCCAGCAGACGACAGUCCACAGACUGAGAGCAUAGUGCUUGACUACUGCCAGCACACGGGCGUAUCGGAUGCGUUCACCAACAGCGACGUCGACCGCGUGGCAGCGGUUAUGACCAGCGUCGCAUCGUCGUCCCAGGCCUCGUUCGACGUCGCGUGCUGCCUGGAGUUCACCAACGGCGGGGAGGGUGCUCGGUUUGGACUGCAGGGUGAUGGUCUCUCUGUUGUCGACAACAAGCGCGAGGCAGCCGUUGUCUUCAACCAGGGGUGCGGUCGCAUCAAGAUUGUGAAUGUGAUCAACUACUGUGGGCAGCCGGCCUCCAACGUCAUUGGCUGCGCGCCCGUCGGCGGCGACACGGAGAUGCUCGUCCGUCUCUCCAGUCACCAGAGCGACGCACGCCUCUGGCUGCACGAGACUGGACACAACGUCGGUCUCGGGCACAACCGCGACAGUGCCGAUUACAUCAUGUAUCCAACGCUCACCGGCAACCUCAACGACAACUUUGCGUUGACGUUGGAGGAGUGCGGUGCGUUCCACUCGCCGCCGCCAACAGCGCGCGUGCAGAUUUCAGCCACAAACGCCACGUGUGCAUCCGUCCAGCAGCCACCCGGCAGUGGCGAUGGUGAUGACGACGAUGGAAACGGCGGUGGUGGUGGUGGCGGUGGCAGCAGCGAUGGCAGCAGUGGUCUGCUCACUGGCGCGACGAGCUGGGCGGUGUUUGGUGUUGGCAUUGCACUCGCAGCCGUGGCCGUUGUCGUCGUGUCUGUCUUUGCACGCGCGAGGGCAGGCAGGUGAUUUGGAAGCACACGGGGCAAGUGAGAUGGGAGGGGGGAAAAGAACAAGAUGAGAAGAAGGAGGAGGAGGAGGAGGAGGUGAUGGGUGAUGGGAUGGUGGGUGGUGGCUUUGAGGGGCGCGAUGUGCUGAUGGUGAAUGGUGUGACCCCGAGGAGUGCAGAGUGAAGGGACUGCGAGAUGUGCGUGUGUUGUUGAUGGAUCAUGCACACCAUCAACUGUGACGUUGUUGCCAUCAUUGCCACCAAUUGCAUCAGGGGUUAUGUUGCAUUUUGCUUGCUUGUUGCCGUCUUUGGGCCGCACCUUAUCUUGCUUUCUCAACAACGUGUGUGUGUGUGUGUAUGCAUGCGUUGUUUGUGCGUUGUUAUUCCACCGGUGGAAAGUAUAAACCUCAAAGUAUCCGUA